UAUACAAAUUACAAAAUAAAAUGAAUUAAAGAAGUGUAUUGGAUGGCGUGCAAAAAUGAGAGUGGAUAAAUAUAGUGGGGUAUUUUCGAGGGUACAAAGGACUAGUCACGCGAAAGAGCUGCGGUUGAGGUGAACGGACUAAACUGAAAAUGGCGCUAAUUCUCCCAUUAUCUUCUUCCUCUUUUAUCACCAAGAAGAAAUCCACAGGUCAUCUGCUUCCUCACAGAGGGAGACGCAUAAAUCUCUCCGCCAAAUCGCGAGACCCAUCUCCCUCGGAAGACGCGCCAUCAUCCACGGCGGUACCGCCACAGAAGAGGCUGGGCGGAGCCGGCCUAGGUUUUGGCUCUUCAACUCCAAAGACGCAGCAGAAGGGAGAGAGAGGAAGGGCAUCUGUAAUUCGAAGAGCCCCAAUCGAAAAACCCAAGUUCGAUGGGCGAUCUGACAAUGCCCGCCCCCAGGAGCCCAAGAGAAGCGAGAGCGCUUUUCUUAUUGCUUGGUUAGGGCUUGGCGCAACCAUUAUUGUUGAGGGAAUUGUUCUUUCUGCUUCAGGAUUUCUGCCAGAGCAGUGGGAUAAUUUCUUUGCGAAGUAUCUUUACCCAUCAUUCACUCCCACAAUCGCAUUAUUUUUAGCCGGCACAGUAACUUAUGGAGUGUUAAAGUAUCUGCAGAGUGAGAAAUCUAAGAGUGAAAACUGAUGAUUGUUCUUCACUCACAAAAUCCAAUUGUAAGUUUCUGCAAUGAAUGAGGCUAGUACUUCCUCCAACCAGCUUGUCCAGGCAUGCAUUUUCCAUGUAUUGCUGCUCAACUGUAAGUGUGCAAAAAGUAAUUUAUCUUUCUACUCAAAAUAGAUAUACCGAAAUAAUUGAUUACGUUACAAGUCAGCCGUGGAGGAGCAAUCUGGAUCUACAUGUCUCUAUCUAUUGGUUCUAUUUUUUUUUGAACUCCUUCACCGUAAUCAUUCCUAACUGCUGCACAACUCAUAGGGGUAUCUGAGUUUUGCAAGACAUUUAGGCUUCAUGAAGAAGGAGGUUAUGUUCAUAAGAAUAAGGGUAAUCUCGGGAGUAAUUCUAGCUAUAUUCCAGACGUGAUUUGGCAUAACUCGAAUUGGGAGUAAUUAGGUACAGGUGACAAAUCUUUUCAAAAUAUGUAUCAAUUAUGAACACGUUUUUAUUAUAGCGCAUCUCAGAAGUGGCCAAGAAUAUGUCCUAUAGGAUUACAUGCUCAUACUUACCAUUGGAACUUACUUUUGCAUCAUGUGCAUUUGGUGUACACAUUUGGUUUGUUGAUGGUAAAAGUGGGAGCAUGCAAAGUUGUUAAUUGAGUACCAAAUCCCUGAGAUUCUUUAAUGA